GGGUUUGGGACGGAAUUGAGCAAGUCCAGGAGGACGAGCACGCGCCUGGCUGUGCACGGCUCCUUUAAGACGCACGGAGGAGAAUCGGUGUAAAACAGAGGACAGAGCAGAGCGCCUCUCCCCCCAUCUCAGUCCGGUUCGUGCGUCUCCGGACGCCUGGGGAGCGACAUGGAGAUCCUGUAGACUAUUUCUCCGCGCUGUUGACGUCCUCCUCCUCUUCCUCCUCCUCCUCCUUCUCCUUCUCCUACUCAUUAUCAUCCGGGAAUCUGAUAACGGAUACUGACUACUGCCUAGGUGUGAUCAUGGGGUAUUGAGGAAACGCGGUGUGGAGGUUGCCGGCUGCAGCGGUCAUGCAGUGAGUCGGAUCCGAGGUGAGUGCACUGCCAGGGCGUUGGCAUGGCCCAGGGAUGAAUGGUGACGGGGCGCCCGGCAGCCCGGAGCUCUCCUCGUGCCCGCUGCCCGACUGGAAGGAGUUCUGUGAGUUGCAUGCCCGUGCCUCCGCUGCCGACUUCGCCCACAAGUUCCGUCAAUUUGUCACAGAGAAUCCAUGCUACGACGCUCCGGGAGCUGACGCCAGCUUUUCGCGUCACUUUGCUCGACACUUCCUAGACUGCUUCACUGCUGCCCUAAAUCAGGCACAUCAACCUGGCUCACCUGGUGCUUCCUCAGCGCCCAAGUACGCAAUUGCACCCUUUGCAGGGAUUCAGGGCUGCCCGCUUCCCUCCUACAACCACGAGCUCUACCAGCGCCGGAAAGACACAGGUGCCUCCAGCGAAUCACUGGACAGCAUGGACAGUGGAGGGGGUGGAGCCUCUGCAAGCUCCACCCUCCAUGGGCACAGGGUGACAGCGCUGGGCCAGUCACGAAGCUCAGAGGAUGUUUCGAUGGGUCACUCUAAGGCCCGUUUCAAGAAGGGCUUCUCAUUGAGGAACAUGAGCCUGUGUGUGGUAGACGGGGUCAGGGAGAUCUGGCAACGGCGGGCACCUCCUGAGCUAGACACAGUGGGCACUGGUGUCAGGAAGUCAAAUGGAGCUGAGGCAGGUGGACAUGAGCGUUGGAGCCAGAAGCUGAGGCUGGCACGGGGCUUGCAGGGUCACCGUGUUGAGCUCCUGGAGAUCCAGAGGGAGGGCACCCUGCGCUACAUGGUGGCAGAUGAUACUAACUGUAUGGGCACUGCACAGUGGCAGAAGUGCAGGUUGCUGCUCAGGAAGACAAGAACCAGCUCGGAAGGUGGCGAGAAGUUCCUGCUUGAGUUUUAUGUACCACCAAAGUCCUCCAAGCCGAAAGUGAGCGUGCCUUUGUCCGCCAUUGUGGAGGUGAGGACCACGAUGCCUCUGGAGAUGCCUGACAAAGACAACACAUUCGUGCUCAAGGUGGAAAAUGGCGGCGAGUAUAUCUUGGAGACCAUCGACUCUCUUCAGAAGAACUCCUGGGUUGCUGACAUCCAGGACUGCAUAGAUCCUGGGGACAGCGGCGAUGACAUCGAGCUCACGUCAUGUCCACAUGGCCAACCGUCCAAAGAAUUCUCCAUGGUGGCCUCCUGCAGCUGUGAGCUCCUGUCUGAAGGUGUACACCGGGGCCCUGAGAGGUCGUGUGCCGCAGCUGCCGAUCAUUACAGCACCCCUACUGUCCGCUGCAGGGAACCACCGUUCACACAACACCCCUCUCACGUGCCCUUAGAACGUUUUCUGCAGCUGCCAGAGGCUCAGAGUACAAGCCCAUCAUCAGGUCCUAGUGAACCUCCUGCGGACACAGAGGUAGCUGCCACUCUCAUUGGUUACCCCUGGUUUCAUGGGACUCUAUCACGCGUGCGAGCAGCCCAGCUGGUAUUGGCAGGUGGAGCUCGAAGCCACGGACUGUUCGUGAUUCGCCAGAGCGAGACACGGCCAGGGGAAUAUGUGCUGACUUUUAACUUUCAGGGAAAAGCUAAGCACCUGCGUUUGUCGGUGAAUGAAAACGGCCAGUGCCACGUGCAUCACCUCUGGUUCCAGACAGUGUGUGACAUGCUGAGGCAUUUCCACACUCACCCAAUCCCGCUGGAGUCCGGCGGCUCUGCGGACAUCACGCUGCGCUCGUACGUGCAGGUGCAGCGCAAUCCCUCAGAUGUUCCCAACGUCGCCACUCCUUCACGGGAACCCAGCUGCCGGAGCGAGGCAGCUCAGCCGAGCCUUCAUCUUCCUGGAGUCUCGCAGCUUCCAGCGACCCCUGUGCAUGACGCUCCACUCUCCUCCAGCUCCUCUUCCUCACCCACAGCCCAUGGAGGUCUCCGGAGCAGGAGCAACAGCUCUGAAAGACUGCUGGAACUUCCUGCUGGCCCUGCAGAGGAGUACAACGACAAUGAUGGCACUCGGAGGACCAGAGCCGUGGAGAAUCAGUACUCUUUUUACUGAAACCCAGCAGAACCAAGAGAACAACAGCAUGUAGAGAGGAAAUAAAUAUGACAAUGACAGCUGCUCAUUAAGAAACAACUUGUAAGCUUUGUUAAUUGUUGCCAGCCUUGAAUACAGUAUUUCCUACGUAAGAGAUUUUCAAAUACGUCUUCAACAGCAAAGUUGAGUUGGUUGGAGUCCCAGCUACUCUUGGGACCCAGACACACUCUUCAAGGACACACUGCAUUUUCUACCUUUUCUUGUUUCUUCAGGUAACAUGGCUGUUCGUGUAGAGAAGGAGUAGGAUAUACUUCUUCUUGAAGAACAGACAUACUGUACAUUUGAUUGCAGCCAAAUACCCUAAGAAAAGCUGAAUUGUUGGUUAGAGAACCAUCUACUAAGAUCAAAGGUACUAAGGACUCACUACAUCCUGUAGUUUCCAACACAGACUUUGAAUUCGAGAAAGGAAGUAUAUGAAUCUCACAAGGAUAUAUACAGAUCAGUAAACGCUUCUUAAGAAGUAAAUCCCACAUUUGAUUCUGUUUUCUCCUUUCACUUUUACAACAAAAAAAAGCCAUAACCAAAUGUAGAAGGAAGUUGUUUGGAGUCCAUGUAAGGACACACUGCAUGCCAUGGCCGUUGCCUUAGAGAGAGGAAGCAUCCAAUUUUUUUAGGAAGAUAUAGAAGCAAAGAUAGCUGCCUUGUAAGGAAAUAUAAAUUCAUCUGGUCAUUUUUUUAAAUUUCAGAUAUAGGAAAACAAAAUAUGGACCAUUUUCAAAAACAAAAGUGACAUGCUGUUUUGUGACAUGCAUAGUACCCUUUAAGACUUAAGCUUGUUAAGGAAUGAAUCUUAAGUUUGGUCACUUUCUCACUACAGAGGAAAAUUUCAAUCAACACCCAACAUCCCUAAAAGCAGAAGUGAGUUCUUGGCUAGAUUCCCAGUCCCAAUCUCUGACCAAAGGCCUCAAAGCCUGUUUUCUUUGUGUUCUUAUCUUCAGGCGACAUGGCCAUUGGUUUACAGUAUCAUGCAGCCUUUCCUAUACAGUUGCUUGCAUAAGUAUUCAAUCCCCUUUUUGAGCUUUUCCACAUUUUAUAGUGUUAUGACCUGAAACUGAAAUGGACUUAACUGGGGUUGUCAUGAAUCCACACAAAAUAGCCCAUAAUAUUGAAAUGGGGAAAAAUCAAUAUAGGAAAUUAUUGUGUAGAUUCAUGACAUAUAAUCUCAUUUAUGUCCAUUUCAGUUACAGCUUAUAACCCUACAAAAUGUGGAAAAGCUCAAGGGUUGUGAAUACUUAUGCAAGGCACUGUAUCAUUUAAUGGUUCCAAAAGGAACAGGGGAGUUGGGGAAGGAUUGAAGUUUCAUAUGAACAUAUAAGAAGAAUGAUAGAUGGAGCCCAAAAAGUGAAAACGUGUUAUUGGUUGGAGUCGUAUCUUCCCACAGGGGCUCUGAAACACCCUUCGAGGACUUACAACAUCUUUUAUUAUCUUUCUUCACAAUGGCCAUUGGCUUACAGUACAAUACACUAUUUUCUAUCCCAUCUCCAAAAGUGAAAGUGAUGACUUGGCUGCUGCUCAACUACCCAGAGGCCCUGAAGCUCCCUUCCUGAACGUACUACAUCCUUUCUUUCCAUUCUCUUUUUUUUUUUUUGGGCGACAUGGUUAGUGUGCCGAUCCUGCUCUGCGGAGUUUGAUAUCAUACGUUCCUUUUCCAUAGAGGAAGCUGUUGUGUUGAGACAUCUGCCAGCGGUUAGCCUCCCGCAAGCCAUUUCCUGCAGAUGCCUCUUGCUCCCACCUUUUUUUUUUUCUUUUUUUUAAAAAAAUGGCUUUUAAGAAGUUAAAAGCUGCUCAGCGAGAUCAAUUUCCCCAGAGUGCUCCACUUGUGUUUGUGAAGCUGUUGAUAGAACGUUCCGGACAUCCUGUCCUUUGGGCUUUGUGGAGAUAGCUUCCCACAACUUUGACGUGGGGUGAAGCGGGUCAGUCUCCAGAAGUAAAUGGUUAGCAAUUAACCCAACAAAAAAAAAGCUUUCUGUUUUGUAAAAUGGCGUAGCAUAGAUAUAUAUCAAACACAAACACUAUCACAUUUCUUAGUGAACAAAUCCAAAUGCUGGCACAUUUUUACCCAUGAGUGUAAUAGUUCUUUGGACGUUUUUAACCCAACAUGAGCUACCUAUGUUACGUUUGCCAUUCGAACUUCAUUUCACAUUGUACAUAUGGUAAAAGGCUAGCGUUAUAACCUACUAAUACACAGUUCUCUGUAUUAUUCGCCCUGUGGAAAGGGAUUGUAAUUCUGUAAGGACAGUAUGUCAGCGCUAGAGGAAUAACAGAAGUAAUUAGUUAAUUAAUGAGUUGUAGUUUUUGGAGCAUUGAUUGAUUCGAUGUGCUGAUAUCACGAUAUUCAUAUCAUCGUUGCCUAAUCGAUAGUUUAUUUAAAUAAUGUAAAAAAAUAACACUUUUUUUUUGUUCCAAAAUACCCUACUGGAGUUUUUUUUCCUAAAUUAAACACAUUCAUUCAUUAAGGAAUCAAAUAACGAUUAUCUUUUACAAUGCACUCAAAAUAAAGGAGUAAAAUUCAAGCCAAAUUUCACUCACAAAACAAGUCACUUUGCUUCUUCUGAUAUUUUAAAGAUGCCAUGAUGACAACAUUGUGUGCUUUGAAUUUUGCAUUAUUUCUCAUAGGCACAUGACUAAUCAGUCUUUGAAACACAUAAUCCUAAAUGCUAUAUGUAAGGAAUUAAACAUGAUGGGACAUGCUGUUACAGGAAAAUAAUCAAUGGCGAGGUGAUGAAGUGAAGCAGAGUUACUGUUACAACCCCAAAGGUUUUUUUUUUUUUUUUUUAAAUUUUACAAUAACAGCACCUUCAGACUUAAAGUUACAGGUUUACCUCUGACUGUUAUAAAGCUCUGAUGCUGGAGACUUCUUACAAAAAAAAAUCCUAAAUAAACGUCGUCUCACAGAAAACUUCACCAUAUCAACGAUUACAUGUUUUUAAUCCGUUCAUAUGGAGCGUCUGCCAUAAAAGUCCCUGUGUAAGUUGUUGCUAUAGAAACAACAACAUAUUAGAAACAGUGCAUUAAUAUAACCCUUGCAGCUGGAGCUAUUAUCAGAGCUGCUGUUUUAGAAAAUUAAGCAACACUAAUUCUGACCAAUCAGAAUCAAGUAUUCAUACAGCGUUGUGGUAGAUUACAACAUAAAUGACAGGAAUGGCCCAUAACACACACACACACACACACACACACUCACACACACACUCUUGGUUUAAAAGUAGGCAGACAGGGAGAAAAAGUCACAGAGCCACGUGUGCCAAUCUGAAUCAUAUUUUUGAAACCUAUUUAUUUCUCAGCCGCUGUAAAUAUAAUUUUCCUACAGAGAUUUUUAGUUGUGUAUUUUCACCAUAUGUAUUUUUUUUAAUAUAAAUAAAUCCAUGUGUAAUCUUAGUUUGCUUAUGUUAAUAACUGGUUUUCUGUUGUGUUUCUGUUUUUGUUUCCGUUCUUGUUUUCUUUUUCUUUUUUUUUUGUUACUUUUUUUGGUCUGGCUGAGUUUUAAUGAAUGAGUUUGUGCAAUUUUGUACAAAGUGAUGUACUUGACAUACUACUUUAUAUUUCUGUGAAUAAAAACGGAGUGAACAACCUGUUAACAAAU